AUGAACUGGCCAGUCUUCUACACUGUUCUAAUAGGGGUGAACAAGCACUCGACCGGGAUCGGACGGAUAUGGCUGUCUGUUCUGUUCAUUUUCAGGAUCAUGGUGCUGGUUGUGGCUGCAGAAAGUGUCUGGGGCGAUGAAAAGACUGGCUUCACCUGCAACACUCAGCAGCCAGGUUGUAAUAGUGUCUGCUAUGAUCAGUUUUUCCCCAUCUCCCACAUCAGGCUUUGGUCCCUUCAGUUGAUCAUGGUGGCCACUCCCGCCCUCCUAGUGGCUAUGCACGUCGCCCAUAAGCAUCAUGUGGAAAAGAAGAUUUUGCGGAUCAAGCAGCUCACCGGAGAAGCUGGGGAAAUGGACAUUGAGAAAGUGACCAAGCGCAAAAUGCACAUCAUUGGGUCUCUCUGGUGGACCUACGUGAUUAGUAUCAUCUUCAGGGUGAUUUUCGAAGUUGCCUUCUUGUACAUCUUCUACUUAAUCUACCCAGGCUUCAGGAUGAUCCGCUUGGUCAAGUGCGAUGCCUUCCCUUGCCCCAACACAGUGGAUUGCUUUGUCUCUAGACCCACCGAGAAGACUAUCUUCACCGUCUUCAUGCUGGUCGUCUCUGGCGUCUGCGUGCUGCUGAACAUAGCAGAGGUGGGCUACUUGAUCAUCAAGGCUUGUGUGAGACAGUGUCAGAAAAAAGAAACGAGAUCCAGUAAAAGUGCAUUUUACGGGCGUAAGUUUCCACAAUUCAGACCGAAUGAAAUAAACGAGUUGCUGUCAAAUCAUGAAUCUGCAUUUCUUAAAAACAGUAAAAUGAACGCUGUUCGGAAAAGUACAUCUAAUAAAGAUGUUUGUAGAACCGCUUGA